AUGGCAGUUACUCCAUUACAAUUUCUGGGCGGUGUUUCACUGGUUGCAGUUCCAUUGGCAAUCAGCGGAGUGGUUGCAAGACCGACCUUUGCCAACGCCAUCAAGUCCAAGUUGGACCAGGAGCGUAUAGAGGCACAGAGACAACACAACUAUAAGACCGACUAUUACACUCCGAACGAGAAGCAGGACAAGCUGAUCAAGAGAUAUUUGGAGACAGGCUCGGGCAAUGCUCGCGAGUACACCCCGAACGUUUGGGCCAUUGUAGACUCCGCUACCGAACGGGUUGUAGGUUUGACCGGUCUGGGUCUGCUGAAACGGAUUGUAGGUGUGUUGUUGUUGGAGUUGGGGCUGUUGGAGCUGCUGGUAGCCGUUAGGUUGUUGGUAGCCGUUAGGUUGUUGGUAGCCCGUUUGUUGACCGUUUUGUUGGAAGCCAGUUGGCGUUUGCUGGAAACCCGUCUGUUGCUGCUGGAAACCCGUUGGCUGCUGUUGGAAACCGGUCAGUUGGGUCUGCACACCAGUCUGCUGCGCCUUUUUCCGCCCGCGGUGGGCUGGCUUUUAAGCGGCUGCUGCAGCGACGCCAUUGGCGCCCGGAACGGAUUCGUGCCCGUCUCUGUAGGAGUCAGUUUAUCGGUGUCAGGCUUGACGGCGAACGGAUUGUUGCUCGAGCUCGAACGCUCCACAGAGAACGGAUUCGUCGACUGGCGGUUCAGAUUGCCCUUCAGUGACGACGUGGUCUGGGGCUUGAUCGGAGACUGUCUGGUGUAUCCUCCAAAACCCGCUCCAGUGAACGACGAGGUCAAUUGCGGAGUGAUUGGCGUUUCUGGGCCAACCGUUGGCGGAGGCACGCUGCUGACAGAAGGACCCUGCUGCGGCUGGAACUGGGAGUAG